UUUUUAAUAGCUAAAUUAAUAUAAAACUAUGUUCCUCGAAUAAUACUUAACGUUAUUAUUAGAAAUAGAUUUUGAUCUAUUGUUUUCGAAGAGUAAUCGUGAAUUCGGAAUCUAUAACUUGAAAUACUACAAAACAAGAUGGCCAAUUUCUUUUGGACAACUAUACAACUACUGACGUUCACAAUUUUACAAAUAACAUGUCAAAUCGAAGAAAAGAUUCAACGGAAAUAUGAUCAAACACCUUCAUAUGUUUAUCCUAGGCAUUUUAAAAACACAGAUCAUUUUCUCGAAGAAAAUAUAUGCAAGCCAUCAUUUUCAUUAAUGGAUUCAGAUAUGACCGAACCAAUAAUUAUUCAUAUGAAAUGUGAACCAAUCAAAGGAAUACGUCGCGUGAAUGCUCCUAAAAAUUACGAUGCUUCUACUUUUGAUGAAGAAAUAGCCAAAGAUCACGAAUUACAACAAUUUCCUAUACAAGAUCCGAAAAAUAAUGAUUAUUUUGAAGGAAAGAUGAAUAAUUUCAGAGUUUAUCAUGGAAACAAUCAACCUAUCAACAAUAACUAUUUUGAUUUACAUUCUGAAGAUAAAAUUAUGCGUAAGCAAAUUUCACCCAAUAAAGAACAGAUAAAUCAUAAUAAAACUUUAUUAAAUCAAGUAAUGAGUGAAGCAUUAAGGAUUUAUCUUAAUUUAUUACAAGAACCAUCAGGCAACGAGGACAGCCCGACACAUAAAUUUAUAAGAAACACAAUGAAUGACAACAGUACCAAAAUAUACAGUAAAAAUUUAAAAAAUGUGAAUUCAGACAAAAUUCUAAACUCUACAUCAAAGUUUCUACCGUUUACAUCACAUAAUAGAUCCAAUUAUUUAAAUAACUCAGAAACUGAAAAACCAAGUAAACCUCAACAUAAUUAUUUUACGGAGCUCUUUACAGAUACAGUUAUUAGCUCUAAAUUAAACACAAAGCACUCUUAUAUUGAAAAUAAGUACUUGAAAAUAGAAAAAGAUUUAAUGGUUAAUAAUCAAACACAUGCUUGCUUUUAUAACAAAAAAGAGUUUAUCAAUAAUAAAACAAUUAGUUAUUAAGUAAUUAUGCUCUGGAGAGCAAGAGUAAUAUAGAGUUGCAGGAACUUAUAUAGUAUUAAUAUACGUAUAGUUAAUAAAUCAAAAUUUUAGUUAAAAGUGUGUACGUAAACAUAAUCUUGUAAUAAACUGUAAUUUCUCGAGCAUAAUAAUUUAUACAUUAUCUUUUAGCUAAAGAAUUUAUAUAAGGUGAAUGAACUUUUUUAUUUAUAAAGGUAUGUUUUAUAUAUACUCUUAAGAACGGUUGAUAAGUUUAAUAAUUAGUUAAAUAUAUCCAAUGUAUAUUAUACAUUAAUUAAAAUA